GAUAACCAAAGAUGGCCGCCAUUGCCGGCGUCAUGUCCGUGUCGUCGGGUCGUGGUUUUGUCACUUCUUUCUCAAACAAGUGCAAAGUAUUUCUGCCCAAUUCUUACUCACUACCCAGAAAAUAUUGCAACUCGACGAAUCACAAUGAGAAACAUUAUGACAUUGUUAUUACUGGCGGCGGAAUGGUGGGGACGACAUUGGCCUGUGCGCUAGCCAACAACAGAAUAUUGGAGAAUAAACGUAUACUUCUACUCGAGAGUGGCCAAAGGCAGGAUUACCAACUGCAGGAUAAAUAUUCCAAUCGAGUUGUUGCAUUAAACCAGCAGACUCGCACUCUCUUGUCAAGUAUAGGAGCAUGGCAACGGAUAGAAGCAGUUCGCUGUACACCCGUAAAAAAAAUGCAGGUGUGGGAUGCCUGUUCCGAUGCUAUGAUCACAUUCAACGAGGAUCAUUUGGCAGACGAGUUGGCUUACAUAGUGGAAAAUAAUCUGCUUCUUCAUGCCGUCAGCCAGCAACUCUCGAAUAAAAAUUCCGUGGAUCUAAUCUAUGGCGCAAAAGCGGAUGAUAUUUCACUACCAACGACCCCGGGUCAAGAUGCUGCGAUAACUUUGCAAGAUGGUCAACGAUUCGGAACAAAGUUGUUGAUCGGUGCAGAUGGAGUCAAUUCUUUGGUUCGAAAGAAAAUGGGAGUACAGUAUGUGUCGUGGAACUACGAGCAGAUGGGAAUUGUUGCUACCGUCAAAUUGUCCGAGCCUACAGAAAACAUCGUAGCAUGGCAAAGAUUCUUACCAAGCGGUCCUGUUGCAUUAUUACCGUUAACGGAUACACUGAGUUCUUUGGUAUGGUCUGUAUCGACGGCAGAAGCGAAAAAACUCCUGAGUUUAUCAGAAGAAGAGUUUGUCGAUUCGUUGAACGACGCCUUUUGGAAAAUACACCCGAAAGACGGCAUGGUCGAAGCUGGCAUGCGGGCUCUGGGUCAGCUCCUGGAAGGGCUUUCCUUGCAUAGCGGAUUUACCAGGCAACUACAACCCUCGAUUCGUGGAAUCGUCGAGGGGACCAGGGCCGCAUUUCCACUUGGAUUCGGACACGCGGCUUCUUACGUAAAACCGGGCGUCGCGCUCGUUGGCGACGCUGCUCACCGUGUUCAUCCCCUCGCCGGUCAGGGCGUAAAUCUAGGAUUCGGAGAUGUCAUCGCGCUCGUUCAAGUACUCGCCGAUGCCAAUCGAAACGGAGCCGUUCUCGGAGAUGCCGCGUACUUGGCCAAAUACGAGACGUCGAGGCAGCGACAUAACGUUCCAACUAUGUUGGCAAUCGACGCGCUGCAUAGAUUAUACAAAGGGACCGCCGCACCGAUCGUAUUAGCAAGAAGCUUAGGACUUCAGCUAACAAACGCGUUGCCCCCCUUGAAGAGAGCAAUAAUGAAACAUGCAUCAGACCACCGGACCAGUUAAAUUACUAAAUACACAUAUAUACACAUAUGUGUG